AUGGGAAUCAUAGUAUCCAACCAUGGAGAUUCAACGAGAGGGAACGUGCCAGAGGCUUUAAGUGUUCUUGAACGUAUCAGACUAAACAAAGAUCAAGAAACUCCUCUGUCCAGGAUUAGAAACGUCCUCAAGCUCUCUAACCACGAAGAGCUCAAAUUCACAAGAGAGAAUCUCAAGAAAAUAGAAGAACGUCUUAAGGAUGUCUUCAUCAAGUUUUAUCGCAAGCUUAGACAUCUCAACAAUUACAGCUUCUUGAACACCUUGGCGAUUUCAAAGAUCAUGAAGAAGUAUGAUAAGAUUGCUUCAAGAAAUGCAGCAAAAACUUACAUGGAGACUGUUGUAGAUAAGUCCUACCUCACUAGCUCUGAUGAGAUCCGCAAACUUAUGGUGAGAGUUGAGUCUAUCUUCGUGGAGUAUUUCGCUAGCUCGAACCGAAGCAAAGCAAUGAAUCUCUUAAGACCAAAAGUGAAGAAAGAAAAACAUCGGACAACGUUUUCCAGUGGCUUUUUUGUUGGCUGCUCAGUCUCUCUAGUGAUUGCUCUUGCCUUGUUAAUACAUGCUCGUAAUAUAAUGGGCGCAGACGGAAAGAACAUUUACAUGGAGACAAUGUUCCCUCUUUACAGUUUGUUUGGAUUUGUUGUCCUGCACAUGAUCAUGUAUGCUUCAAAUAUAUACUUUUGGAAGAGAUAUCGAGUGAAUUACCCUUUCAUAUUCGGGUUCAAAGAAGGAACAGAGCUCGGUUAUAGACAUGUUCUGCUUCUAAGCUUUGGUCUCAACACGCUUGCUCUAGCUGCUGUUAUAAUGAACCUUGACAUGGAGAUGGAUCCUAAUACUAAUGAUUACAAGACAAUCACUGAACUUCUUCCACUUUUAAUUGUUGGUCUAGUGAUACUAAUUACUAUAUGUCCCUUCAACAUCUUUUAUCGGUCAAGCCGCUUCUUUUUCAUCAUGGUUGUAUUCCGCUGCAUUGCUGCACCGCUCUAUAAGGUUAAUCUUCCGGAUUUUUUCUUGGCGGACCAAUUCACAAGCCAGGUGCAAGCACUGAGAAGUUUGGAGUUCUACAUUUGUUACUAUGGUUGGGGAGACUUCAGGCUCAGACAAAACACAUGCAGAUCAAGUCAUGUCUAUAGCACAUUCUACUUCAUCGUCGCUGUGAUUCCUUACUGGUCACGUUUCCUUCAGUGUGUUCGGAGAUUAGUCGAAGAGAAAGAUUCAACAGAAGGCUACAAUGCUCUCAAAUAUUUCUUGACCAUAGUUGCUGUGUGCUUGAGAACAGCUUAUAGCCUUAACAGAGGAAACUCCUGGAGAAACGCUGCUUGGUUUUUCUCUGCCUUGGCAACUUUUUACGGCACAUAUUGGGACAUUGUGUUUGACUGGGGAUUGCUUCACAGAUCAUCUAAAAGUUGGUUGAGAGAUAAGCUUCUUGUUCCUCACAAAUCUGUCUACUACGUUGCAAUGGUGGUAAACGUUGUGUUGAGGCUGGCAUGGUUGCAGACUGUUCUAGAUUUCAAUAUCCCAUUCUUGCAUAGAGAAAUAAUGGUUGCUCUUCUUGCUAUUCUCGAGAUCAUACGCCGUUGUAUCUGGAAUUUCUUCAGGUUAGAGAACGAGCAUUUGAACAAUGUGGGGAAGUUCAGAGCAUUCAAAUCAGUUCCUUUGCCAUUCAACUACGAUGAAGAAUGA